UUUAUUCGGAAACAAAUAGAUACAAUGUUGCAACCGCUGUAAAUGUCAAGGAACUGUCAGAGAACUGUCAAAGAAAUAGCGGAGCUCUCUGCAGAGACACUUUUUGCUGGACUGGAAUUCCUCUUAUUUUCAUCCUACUUCUUCUUCUUCUUCUUCUUCAUCCUCAUCCUCUUCUUCUUCUUCCUCUUCUUCUUCCUCAUCCUCAUCCUCUUCUUCUUCUUCUUCAUCCUCAUCCUCUUCUUCUUCAUCAUCAUCAUCCUCUUCUUCUUCUUCUUCUUCAUCCUCAUCCUCUUCUUCAUCCUCAUCCUC